AUGGCCAAUCAGCCUAUCCCAUUUACUCUGGCUGUCCCGAACUCUGAUAUCCAGCGUUUGCAUGCCAAGUUAGAGUCUUCCACGCUCCCCAAUGAGGUCGAUGGCGCAGGCUGGGACUAUGGCGCCCCUUUGGCCGACAUCAAGAGGCUGGUCGAGCGUUGGAGGACUGGUUACGACUGGCGCAAAGUUGAACAGGAAAUCAACGACACGUACCCGAUGUUCACCAUAGACGUUCCCGUGGACGGCUUUGGGACGCUGAACAUCCACUACACCCACAAAGAGAGCAGCUGUCCGAAUGCCAUCCCUUUGCUUUUCGUGCAUGGCUGGCCAGGAAGCAUUCUGGAAGUUGGCAAGCUGUUACCUCACCUUAUCUCUGAGUCGCCAGAGCACCCUAGCUUCCAUGUGGUAGCCUUCAGCUUGCCUGGGUUUGGCUUCUCAGAACCUCCGCUGAAGCGAGGAUUCGCCACGGCACAGUAUGCAGAGGUCGGCCAUAAACUGAUGCUCGCGCUUGGUUACAAUGAAUACGUCACUCAGGGCGGUGAUUUGGGAUUUUGGGCAAGUUUUAUCACCCGGAUAAUAGGCAAGAAAUAUGGUCCAAAACACAGCAAAGCGUGGCACACCAACUUCACCAGCAGCUCCGAGCCGCCGAAGUUCCUAGACACGCCGCUUCUCUACCUCCGUCACCUCGUAACGCCUUACACGGAACGCGAGAAAGCAAGCCUCGCCCGACAACGCGAAUGGCUUGCCAGAGGGCGCGGUUACUUCGCCGAGCACAGCACCCAACCGCAAACGCUCGCUUACUCCCUCACCGACAGCCCCGUAGGGCUGCUCGCGUGGAUUUACGAGAAGCUCGUCCGGUGGACAGACGACGACUACCAGUGGGACGACGACGAGGUGCUCACCUGGGUGUCGUGGUACUGGUUCUCCCGCGGGGGUCCCAUGUCGUCGCUGCUCAUCUACUACGAGAUGGUGCACAAUAGUGACCGCAAGUUUACCUCGGCGGAGGCGCCCAGUAUUCCGAUGGGCGUAUCUCACUUCCCGAAGGAAGUCUUCCCCGCACCAAGAAUUUGGACACACACGUCCGGAAAUCUUGUUUUUGAGUCCGAACAUGAUCAUGGCGGGCACUUUGCUGCGCACGAAAAACCGCUCGAACUCGUAGCCGACGUACGAAACAUGUUCGGGAGAGGCGGACCAGCGUACAGCGUUGUGCCAGGUCGAACAGGCUAUGCGUAA